GGAUGAGAGCCAUGAGUAUUGCCAGGCAGGGGAGAAGACUGGUGGCGCCUUGAUUGCCGAGCUUGUGGUACUUCUGAGUUCCGAAGAGGGGAAAUCCAGCUCCUAAUAGGCGCAAAUCAGAACAAUACCGGCGAGGCUGAGGCAGAGUAUGUCUCUAAGAAAUCAGAGAAUGAUCGUCAAGGAAGAGGGAAAACUCAUCUUGUACGAGUCUCCCGUGUAAGUAUAUGUCGUCAGAAUCAACGUAUAGAAACUCCAGCCCCGAAGCGUCGACGUGGGAUAGAAACGAUCCAACGGAUACUUUUAUAGCCAGUCCAGACAAACCAGAACAAGUUGAUCAGGAACGUGAUCCCAGCAACUAUACCUAUCCUCACCCUCCCCUCCGGCAUCUUUCUCCCUCCAUUCCUCCUCACCUCCACCCGAGAAACCCCCUCCCGGAAUACCGCAUUCGUAACACCGAACAUUAUCCCGACACAGAUCCCCAGACAACACAACCCCAUCCCAAUAGACGCAAACCAAUGUCAUUCCGGCCCCAAAACAAUCGGUGAUUGGGGAACUUGUUUAUAGGUUGUG